ACACAACAUGCCGGCGUCUCCCCUGAGGCUCCUCUUCGAUUAUCAAACGUCUUCUAUGACUAGUUUGUGGUAUUUCUAAGAAGUGGAGAACCAAGGCGAGUUGUCUGUCGCUUACAUGCUUGUAACAUUCCGAGACGCCUUGAUCUUGAUUAGUUGAGGGUGAUUCAGGCCCUCAUUCCCUACAUAAGCCGAGCUUGCCCCUCACUAGAUUCAUCCAUAGAGCCAACCCUCAUCGACGAAGUAAUUUGGGUUCAUUUCCGUCAUCUCAUCCUAUGUAACCCUCACUCAUCCAGCUCACCAAUUUUCCAAGACUCGAAUUGCUUAAAAGUCCAUUGAAGGAGCUCAUAACCGGUGUACUACAAUGGCCGACCCCGCAACGGAGGUCAAGAAGCCGGCGCGGCUCCCGUCGCCGACGCACCACGUCGUCGUCAAGCUCGAGACGAUCCACGUCCCGCUCCCGGACGUCGACACGGGUACCCUGACGCACGAGGUCAUCGGGUACGAGUACACACGGCCCUCGCAGCCCGGCGUCGCGGCGGCGAGGGCCUGGCCCGCGAGCGUGCUCAUCACGACAACGGUACCGAUCAACGCCGAGACGCUCGGGGAUGCGCCGUAUCUGAAAUGCGUCAUCACCGAUUCGACGGGGACGGAUCACGUCGAUCUGGAUGAGUGUAGGCGGCGAGGGAUCACCGUCAUGUACUCGCCCAACGCCACCGUUGAAGCCGUAUCCGAGCACGCCCUCGCCCUGUACUUCUCGACCCGCAGGCGUCUCGUCACGCUGCACAACACAAUGAUGGACCACGACGACACGCGUCCGAACCCCUGGCGCGCGAAGGGGAGCAUGUCCUCGCUUCUCCUUGACGCCGAGGGCCGCCCGCCGCACACCUGCGGCAACGAGGUCGUCGGCGUCAUCGGCUACGGGCCCAUCGGGCAGCGCGUCGCCAAGUUGUGCCGCGCACUCGGCAUGGAGGUCCUCGUCGCAGCCCGCAAGGACGCCGAGCCCUCCCCUCCCCCAAUCACAUCCGCCUCCGCGACGCAGUCCAAAAGCGACCCCCGCACCCCGUUCGCCGAGGUCCUCCGGCGCGCCACGGUCCUCUUCCUCGUCGUGCCGUUGACACCCGACACGCGAAACCUCGUCGCCGCCCGCGAACUCGAGACGUUGCGGCCCGACGCCGUACUCGUCAACGUUGGCCGCGGCGGUACCGUCGACGAGGCGGCACUGCUCUCGGCGCUGCGGGAGGGGAGGAUCGCGGGUGCGGCGACGGACGUCUUCGAGGUCGAGCCGGCGGGCAGCGCCGCCGACAGCGUGCUGCUGGGCGAGGGGGCGCGCGGGGUCAACCUCACGCUUACGCCGCACCUGGCAUGGUGCGCGGACCAGACGAGGGUGAACAUCCGGAGGGUCGUCGGGGAGAACGUGAGGGCGUUCGUGAGGGGGGAGAAGGAGGGCAACUUUGUGCUCGAUAUGCGGUGA